UGUCAGAAAUGUAUUUUCUUAUCCACUUCCAUACUGGGCACUUUUCCCCUUCCUGUCCAGGCCAUUUUUCAGGUUGUCCAAGAAUGUCAGAACAGUACAGAUAUCCCCCAAAUGUCAGGACGGUACAGAUAUCCCCCCCAAAUGUCAGGACGGUACAGAUAUCCCCCAAAUGUCAGGACAGUACAGAUAUCCCCCAAAUGUCAGGACAGUACAGAUAUCCCCCAAAUGUCAGAACAGUUACAGAUAUCCCCCAAAUGUCAGAACGGUACAGAUAUCCCCCCAAAUGUCAGGACAGUACAAGAUAUCCCCCAAAUGUCAGAACA